CAAAAAGGCCAAUAGUUAUUAGAAUAUAUAAGUAAAUAAUAAUUAAGAAAAACAAGAUUUUAAUUCUUAUCUAAAUUUGAGAAAAUGGAAGAAAGUAAAAAUUUUACAUUAGACAAAGGAAUUUAAAAUUAAAUAGAAAGCAUUAUAACGAAUAAUCUAAAUAAUAAAGAAUUUAGUGGUUAAUUCACUAUCGCAGACCCAAAUGACAAAGAAUAGUAGUAUUAAGUCAUCCACAUCAAAAAUCAAAUUGAUUCAGUUUACGAUUCUUUUUUUUAAGAAUUAUAAGAAAUUUAUAAUAAUAACUACUUUAUAAAACCAAGCAACAUAUUCUAAUUAGAAUUUAAGGAAAAUAAUUAUAUCGUGCUACAAUAUAUUCUAUCUGAUUAAAUAGAUUUCUUUCAAAGUUUAGAUAAAUAAAGCGAGGAAAAUCUAAAUUACUUAAUUGAUGGUUGUCUGACUUAGUUUAAAAAGAUUUAACAACACUAAAAUAUAAAAAUAUGUUCUUCAGAAGAAUUAUUUUAAUAAAAAUUAAUUGAAGGAAUUUUCUUGAAAUUAGUGCCUGAUAUUAAUGUAUUUAAAAACUAUUAUCUUUAUAGAGAAGAAAUAAAUGAGGAAAAUAUCAUUUUUAUGUUAAAAAUAAUAGAGAGAUAUUUUUUAAAAAAUUCUGAAUAUUUUAAAAUCGAACGUUAGUUUAUAGAUCAACUUUUAAAAGAAAAUAGUAUAAUAAUGAAUAUUGAUUCUAUUAGUAUGUAUUUUAAAAUGAUGAGGAAAUUUAAAUAAUAGUAUAAACACACUUUAAAUACAAAUUUAGUUUUCAUUAAUUAUCACUUUGUCAUAUAUGAAGUUUAAGUAGGAUCCAUAAAAAAUUCUGAGUUAAUUGUUAUGAAAUUUUCUGAUUGUUAUUAAUAAGAUAAUCAAAAAGAUUAAUACAAGAUUUAAUUUAUUGAUGGAGAAAAGAUUGCUAAUCUUUCGGAAGUACAAAUUGGAGAAGACUUGAAGAUUAUAAAAUUGGAAAAAUAUAAAAAUUAUGAUAAUAUAAUAAUUAAAUUAUUAAGAUAAUACCAAGAAAAUAAUGGAAGUAAUUAAAGCCUAUUAAAUCAACUAUGGCAGUAUGGAUUGAAAAGUGGAACUUUUUUAAUUUAAUAAAAUAUAGAUUAAUAAUGUUAAAUGUGUACAAAAUGCCUUGCAAGGUAUCAUAAAAAUAGUUAAAUAAUUGAAUAAGGUAAUUAGAGGAUUUAAUAAUUUAUAAAAAAAAAAUUCUAAAAAUUUGAAGAUUCUGGAAAAUCUUACAAAGAAAUACUAUUAGAUUUGGAAUAAAAAUAAUUUUAACAUCAAAUCGUAAAAGAAUAUUUAGAUUAAUCAGAUUACUUAAUAUAUAAGAUAGGAUAAGAUAUAAUAGUUGAAAUUACAACUAAAGAUUAAUAAUAUGCAAACUUAAAAAACCAAGUAAAUAAUGAAUAAUUCUUAAAUCAAUAAGACAAAACAAUUAAAGACAAUUAAUAGGCAGCUUAAUCAAUUUUUUUAAUUUUAAAAUUAAUAAUUUAUUUGAAUAAAAAAAAUGUAAUAAUUUACAAUUUCUUUGAAGAUUAUAUUCUAUUUAAUGAUUCAAGAAUUUAUUUCUUUUAUUAAUUACCUUAAUAAAGUCAAAAUAGUUUAUAAAAAAAGUAAUAAUAAUCUUAAUCUAUUUAUGAUUCAAUCAUAUCUGAUAGCAAAAAAACAAAUGAAUAAAAAAAUUAUUAAAUAUUUGGUUGUUAUCUGCUAAAACUACUAGGUGAAGAUGAUUUAACUAUCAAAAAUGAACUAUAAAUGAAUAGUUUUGAUUAAAAAAAUUUUAAAUAUUUUGAUUCAAUUAAAGAAACCAUCUUAAUAUAUUUAAUUUAUUAAUAAUAAACAAAUCUAUAACUAUUUCUCUAAGAAAUGAAUAAAAAACUUUAGGAAUUAACAAUUAACACAAUAAAAUAUAAUCUGGAAGAAAUAGAAGGAUAAUGUUAAUAUUAAAGAUUUUAUAUAGGAGAUAUAUCUCUUGGUAAUCAAUAAAAUAAAAAUAGGCUAAAAGAAAACAAAAGUAUUGAUUUCAUACAAUAAGUAACUAAGAGCUAAAAUUAUCAAAAUGAAAUAAAACUAAAUAUGAGUUUAUAAGAAAUUGAUAAAGGCAAUAAUUCAAAAUUAUGUGAAUAAAAGUUAAGAGAAGAUCAAUUUACUAUAAGCAAUAAUUAAAACAAAAUCUUUUAGAUACCUUUAUUGAAUAAUUGGAAUAUAUGCAACAAAUAUUAGGAUACUGAUAUUUUCAAUAAGAAUGAUAAUUUGAGUGAUAAAUUUUAAGAAAAUUUUAAUUCUUAAGAAUAAACAAGUAGUAGAGAUAAAUUUACUUAUGUCAAUAAACCAUAUUAGAUAUAUGAAGAAUUAAAUAAAAGAAACGAUAUUGAUGAAACAAAAUAAUUAAAUAAUUAAUAAUUGAAAAAUUCUGAUCAUUUAAAAAAUAAUGAUUCUCUGGAAUAAACAUAAACGAUAACAUCACUUUAGUAGUAAUCAAGUAUUUCAAAUGAAUAAGCUCAGACACUCACACCAAUAGACUCAGCAAAAGAAAAUCAUAACUUUGAUUUUGAUUCUUAGAAAAUUUAAAACUCUUAAUAAGAAGAACAAACAAAAAGUUUAUCCAAUAAUAAAAAUAACUUUGAUCAAAUUAAUUAAAAAGAAAGUAACUGCUCAUAAAAUGAUAAUUAUUAAAAUGAAAUUCAAGAAAUAAAACUCAAUUUUAAUGAUAAAAAAUAUGGUGAGAGUGAAAUUCAAUCUGAAAUUUAAAAGAUCUGCUAAAGAUAAUUCUCUAUUUUAAAAAUAGAAAUGGGAGAUUAAGGUUACAGAGAUAGUAGCUUAUAAUAUAUAUAAGAAUUCUUAAAGAACUAAAAUCAUUUAUUAUAUUUUUCUAUUAAUUUAGAGAAUUCUGAAUUAACUUAAGAAGGUUUUAGCAAUCUAUUAUAAUCUUUUAAUCCAAGAUUACAGAUUUUAAGUAUAGAUAUAAGUUAAAUUAGACUUAUUGAGUUUUCUUCAGUAUUCAUGAAAAUUUUGUUAAGCAUUAAGAAAUUAAAAGAGCUUGCUUCUUUAAAGUUAUAUAUGGAGAAAAUAUAACAAAUUAGUGACUUCAGUGAUAAAUCUAAUUUUGAUGCUUAUGAAUCUUAUGAAUAUAACUCAAGCAUUAAAAAUUUAACUUUAGAAUUAGAUAACUAAAAAUGUGAAGGAUAAUUUAUGGCAAAUAACGUGUCAAGUUUCUUAAAAAAAUUCAAAGGAUUAUAAAAGUUAACGUUAAGCUUAGUUAAUCAAGGAAUGAAUGAUGAUCAAUUCGAAAAUAUUAUAAAGAGUUUUAUGAAUGUAGAAAGCUAAAUUUAGUUUCUCAUUUUAAUAUUCAAUUAUAGCGAUAAGAUAACUGAAAAAUCUCUUGAAAAAAUAAAAUAAAAUUUGGACAAAAUGAAAAAAUUAGAAAUUCUAAGGAUAAUAAUUCUCAAUAAAGAUUUCAACAAUCAUGAUAACUUAUUUGAGAAGUUGAAUUAUUUUAAUAAUCCAAAUUUCAAGGUUUACUAAUGA